CGGUCGCUUUAAAGGGGUCGCGACGAUUCCGACGAUUAUCGACGACGGCGCGCCACACGCAGGUCUUCUUUAUCCACCACCAUGUCCUUCAGAAAUGUCAACCCCGCGAAGGUCGCGACGAUCAAGCACAUCAACAACCUCAUAACUUGCCUGGUCAACAUCAACGACGAGACGGGCGAGUUCCUCCUAACUCUGCCCGACGGACGUAUCAUCGACACGAAGGGCUGGAAUGACUGGGAGUGGACUCACGGAGUCGGUUUGUAUGGCCUUGUGAAGUUCCAUGAAAUCACCGGGGACGAGCGCCCCCUGAAGAUCGCGCUAGAUUGGUUCAGAGACAGGUUCGAGAUCGGAACCACGAAGAAUGUGAACACCAUGUCGCCCUUCCUCACCGCCGCGUACCUGCACGAGCGGAAGGCCGCGGACUACUUCGCGUAUCUCGAUACCUGGGCGGAGUGGGUGAUGUACGACAUGCCGCGAACGGAGGAGGGCGGUCUGCAGCACUGCACGUACCUCACCGACAACUAUCAGCAACUAUGGGACGACACGCUCAUGAUGACGGUAUUGCCGUUGGCGAAGAUUGGCCUUGUCUUGAAUCGCCCGCACUAUGUCGAAGAGGCGAAGCGGCAAUUCCUCCUGCAUGUGAAGUACCUCCAGGAUCUAUCCACAGGCCUUUGGUUCCACGGUUGGACCUUCGACGGGCGUCACCACUUCAGCAAGGCGCGCUGGGGUCGUGGCAACUGCUGGGUCACUGCCUCCAUCCCCGACUUCCUCGAGAUGCUGCAGUUACCCGCAACAGACGGCACCCGCCUCUUCCUCACCACCUCCCUCGUCGCGCAGAUCGACGCCCUCGUCAAAUACCAGGACCCCGAAACCGGACUGUGGCACACCCUUAUCGACGACCCCACGUCCUAUCUCGAGUCUUCCGCCACCGCGGGCUUCGCGUACGGCAUCCUCAAGGCCCUGCGCAUGCGCCUGAUCCCGAAGGAGGAGCGCUACGUGAACUGCGCGAAGAAGGCGAUCGAGGCAGUGCUGGCGAACAUCUCGCCGGAGGGCGAGCUGCUGAAGACGUCCUUCGGCACGCCUGUCUUCGACGACCUAGAGGAGUACAAGAAGAUCCCGCUCACUAGCAUGCCAUACGGCCAGAGUCUCGCGCUUCUCGCCCUCACGGAGCACUUGAGAACGUUCAUCUAGCGUGGAUGCAGGUGGAUGCAGAUGCUUUAUCCAGCGUGUACGCAGUUGCAAGUAGAAUGUGUAAUAAUACAACAUGAAAAGAUAGAACUGGUGGCGAGAUGAGGAAGUACGAUAUCGAGCUGGGGAGCUACGGUG